UUAAUAUAAUUAAUAAUAACAUCAAUUAAACAGAAAACACAAAUAGAUUUUACAAAAUGCAAGUGUUGGAAUUUACCUUUAAAGUAUUAACAAUAUGCGGUUGUUGGAGACCGAAGUCUUGGACGUCGAUAUAUAAACGCAUAAUAUAUCGAGUGUAUACAGUUUUAGUAAUUUUGUUAGUAAACAGUUUCACAUUGUCGCAAUUUAUGGAUAUAAUUCUUAUCGUAGACAAUCCUGAUGAUCUUUCUGAUAAUUUUUGUAUUAUGCUUCCUAUGUUUAUUUCUUGUUAUAAAAUGCUUAGUUUAUUGGUAAAUCAUAAAAACAUUGUUAAAUUGACUGACAUUUUAACAAGGGAACCAUGCAGACCAUCGAAACCGAAUGAGAUAGAAAUUCACUAUAAAUUCGAUAAAGGCAUACAAGUUAACACUUUGCAUUAUGCAACUCUGGGCUUAGUGACAUGCACAAGUAUUGCGUUCAUAUCUUUAUUAACGGAUUUCGGUGAAGGAAAAUUAACGUACAGAGCAUGGGUACCGUUCGAAUAUUCAUCUACGAUCGUAUUUUGCAUAUUAUACGCUCACCAAUUGAUAUGUUUGAUUAUGGGUGCUUUGUUGAACGUUGCUUGUGAUGGUCUUAUUUGCGGAUUAUUAGUGCACAUUUGCUGUCAAUUUGAAAUCUUGGCAUAUCGUUUAAGAAAAAUCGUGCUUUAUUCAGGCACUCUUCGUAAUUGCGUGCGACAACAUUGCAAUAUCUUCAGAUUUGCUUUUAUUGUAAAUGCGACGUUUAGAAUGGUUAUUACUAUUCAGUUUUUAAUGAGUAUGUUGGUAGUAUGUUUUAAUCUCUAUCAAUUAACUCAAUUGAGAAUAGGUGCAAGAUAUAUUCGAUUAGCAAUGUUCAUGUGUUGCAUGUUAACACAAAUUUUCGUCUAUUGCUGGUAUGGUAACGAAGUCAAAAUAAAGAGUCGCCAAUUCGUCGAUAAUAUUUUUCAAACUGAAUGGUUAGAGGUGGAUGAAAAUCUAAAACAGUCAUUAAUAAUAAUAAUGAAGCGUACAACAAUGCCUAUUGAGAUUACCAGUGCUUACACUAUCUCCAUGAAUCUUGAUUCCUUUGUAGGUAUACUUAAAACGUCAUAUUCGGCUUAUAAUUUACUUCAACAAAUGGAAUAAUAAUAAUUGACUUAUGUUUAUAUGGUACACUAAUAUUAUUAUUUUA